AAUCCUGCAGUUGCUAGCAAAGCGAUAAAUGGAUACGACAUUUCCCUCUUCAAGCUGAACGGACCCAUCACCUUCAGCAACUACAUCCAACCCAUCUGCAUCCCGUCCUCGGACACGGAAUCCACCCUGACCUCCAACACGGACACCGUUUACGGAUGGGGAUACCAAUCGGACGCCGCUACCGCGCCGGCCACGAUCCUGCAGAAGUUGAACGUGAACUUAACCCCCGAGAGCACUUGCAGGAGCAGCGGAUACAUCAAUGGAACGAGCGGCAGCAUGAUUUGCGCCGUGGGGGCUGGCUCGAGUGGAUUCUGUUCGGGUGACAGUGGAGGACCACUGGCGACCAAGUACAGCAACGGGCUCACCUAUUCUUCCGGGAUCGUGUCUUACACCGUGGGAAGUUGUGGGAACCCGAACAUUCCGGACGUCUACACGCGGGUUUCUUACUACGUCGACUGGAUUCGGGCAAACGCCGUUUAAAGAAGCUUUAUGGAGA